UGUGACAAUCAUCAUUGAACAUGGAUGACACCCAAUCAUCAUCAUCUUCUUCUUAAUAUUUUAGGCUACAAAACAUGAUACGAGUACAUAUCUAGCAUUUUUUGUACUCAUUAAACGAAUCCAGCUUAGUAAACAAGUAAACAACACUAAAUUCCCCCAAAAUGAAUUUUCCUAAAGCAACUUCUAUGAUUUUGUUGUUGUUCAUUAGCAUCCUCUUGUCAAGCUCCAAUGCCGCCCCACGCUCAAAAAGCCUAUCUAUCCGUCUUAUCAAAGACUUCCUCUCUAUUCAAAACCGAGCUAGAGCAAAAAUUCACAUGCCUCCUCUAAUUUGGGACCGACGACUAGCACGCUAUGCAAACAUUUAUGCUAGGAAGAGGAAACAAGAUUGUUUGUUGAAACAUUCCAAUGGGCCUUAUGGGGAGAACAUUUUUUGGGGGAGUGGUAAUAAGUGGAGCCCGGUUCAAGCUGCGGCCUCUUGGGUCGCAGAGGGGCGGUGGUACAACCGCCAGUCGAAUUCAUGCACCGGAGGGAGGGAAUGUGGCCAUUACACACAGAUUGUGUGGAGAAGAAGUAAACGAAUUGGGUGUGCUAAGGUGACUUGCUUUGGAGGCAGGGGUGUGUUCAUGACUUGUAACUAUGAUCCUCCGGGAAACUAUAUUGGUGAGAAACCUUAUUGAUCAAUAUUGGAGUUUGACUUUAAACAAUUGAAUGAUUGUUACCAAAGGAUGUAUGAAAAACUGUAGUAAUAUUUUAACAUAUGAAUUCUAUUAAUUUUCUUUUAAAUCUCA